CCAGAGCUUAGAACAGUGCUUGGCACAUAGGAAGCGCGUAACCGAUGCCGUCAUUAUCACCACUAUUGUCUCCGUGCCCAGGCGCCCGACCGUCCCCGCCGUGGCGAGCCGAGAGCGUGGCCCAGCGUCUGCGCGGCGUGUUCCAGGAGGCCGUGGACCUGCACAAGGUGGUCUCGGCCGGCGACGCGAGCGCCGAGCAGCUCCAGGUCCGAGCGGAGCUCCGGGCCACGUUCCUGUGGCUGAGGCGGCAGCUGGAGGCGGUGGGCUCCCCCGGGGGUCCCCCCGCCCGGACCCCCUCGCCCCAGCCGCCUCUCCUGCCCGGCACGGACCUGUGGGACUUGCUGGAGCGCUACUCGGAGCUGCUGGUUCGGGCCGUGCAGAGGAAGACGGGGGGGCUGGGGCCGGAGGGCUGAGCGGGCCUGGGGGA